UUCGCCCUUGACGGCCACAGCCAUGUUUGCGGCCAGGUUGGUGUGCCUUCGGGCACUCCCAUCACACAGUCUUCGCCCGGCACUUAGUCAGCUUUCACCAGGCUUGAGGAAUUCCACUCUGAAGACAAAUCAGUGUCUCUUGCAGCCUUAUCAGGGAUAUGCCACCAAAGCCAGGAUGGGUCUGCGCCGGGGGAAAACAGUUGAGGAACUUAAGGAAGCGGCUUUUGAACCUGCAAUGGAAAGGAUCUUCAAAGUGGAUCAGAUGGGACGAUGGUUUGUUGCUGGAGGUGCCGUCGUUGGCCUUGGAGCUCUCUGUUACUAUGGCCUGGGGUUGUCUGAUGAAAUCGGAGCCAUCGACAAAGCCGUCAUUUGGCCACAGUACGUGAAAGACCGAAUCCAUUCCACCUACAUGUAUUUUGCAGGAAGCGUUGGCUUGACGGCAGUGUCUGCUGUAAUGGUCAGCAGGGCUCCUGCCCUCAUGAGUCUAAUGAUGAGGGGCUCUUGGCUGGCGAUCGGCGCGACCUUUGCAGCAAUGAUUGGGGCCGGGAUGUUGGUUAGAUCAAUAGAUUACGAGCAGAGCCCUGUCCCGAAGCACCUUGCUUGGAUGCUGCAUGCAGGUGUUAUGGGUGCAGUGGUGGCUCCUCUGACUCUUCUUGGUGGCCCCCUGCUCAUCCGAGCCGCCUGGUACACAGCCGGAAUCGUGGGCGGUCUCUCAACGGUAGCCAUGUGUGCCCCAAGCGAGAAGUUUCUGAGCAUGGGAGCACCAUUGGGAGUAGGCUUUGGCCUUGUACUUGCCUCUUCUCUCGGAUCCAUGUUCUUCCCUCCAACAUCUCUCUUUGGGGCUGGCAUGUACUCCGUUGCUGUUUAUGGUGGAUUGGUACUUUUUAGCAUGUUCCUGCUCUAUGAUACCCAGAAGGUUAUAAAGCGUGCAGAGACCCAACCAUUGUAUGGCAUGCAGAAGUAUGAUCCCAUAAAUUCGUGCAUGGGCAUUUACAUGGACACCCUCAACAUCUUCAUCAGAGUAGCCACCAUCCUCGGCAUCAGCGGCGGUGGCAGGAAGAAGUAAAUGGUGACUCGACAGGUCAUCCGAAGCUUCGGUUUUCUCCGCUUAGUGCAUAGCAUCGAAUAAAAAUAUCGUGUAUGUGCAGGAGCCGUUGUGGAGAAGUCGGAUUUCCCAGCAUUUCAGCAUGAUCAUUGAGGUGUUUUCACUGUAAUGUGACUUGAAUCUUAGUUCCCUGGUUCAACUUAAAAAUAAAUAAGAAGUGGAAACUGGAUGGCUGCAUUACCACGCAAUCACUUCACCGUACAAUCACUGCAGCCCGGUUCUGGGAUUUUCAAUAUGGGAAAAGCAGUUUCAGUACGUGUAUAUUUGUAAGUUGUGUUCCUUCCUUUGGAAUAGGGAAAGAUCGAUGGUGUAUAAUUUUUGAACAGCAGCCAAAGAGAGUUGCUGUGUUCACACUAUCAAGUGUUCCAGUGGCAGAUGGAUGUGGGCUCGGAAGCUUGUUAAUACCGAACAGGUGACUAAUUUGUGCUGAAAUAUGUAAGCAGCGGGCAGAUCUACUCCGAUGAUGGCAGACAAAAUGAGUUGGCUUAAAAAUUAGGACUUGAAAGGGAUAAUUGGUGGGAUCCUCUUUGCAUUUUAGCCGAGAAGUAAGGGGACCGGCAAGCAAGACACUUGGGCACUUUAAUAAAUGCAGCAAGUCCUUGACAAUCCCAGAACCAAUACUGAAGUCUUACCAAUCUAGGAGUGGUGGAGGUAGGCGCCUAACAGAGGGUGUAGCUGAAAUUCGACCAUACACAAAGGGCAAAAUAAAUCCAUUUGGGAAUUUCAGACCUCAUUGUUUUUCUCAAAAGUCAAGCAUGACUCAGUCUGUUUUCAGAUGUUUUCUGUAUACCCAGCUAAGAGGUCUGGGCUUCCUUACCUGGACAUCCACAGUUUCUAAAACAAAAGUUGUAAUCAUAGUUUUAUUUGUGAGAAGCACAUUUAAGCAUUUGCAAUAUUUUCUAAGCUGAAGAAACUCUGAUGUGGGUGAAUUCCUCAGAUGCAUAAUGAAAGUGAUUCCGGGAAGUUGCUGGGGCACUCUAGUGCUGAUCUGUUGUGUGUCGCAGCAGUUCAGCCUCUUUGUUUUUCCUUUCACUUGGCUAACUUAACCAUGCUUGUACCAGUUUUAAAAACAAUAAAGUCCUAGCCCAGCACUUGGUGGCCAUUGUUUUC